AAAGUAACAAUAUUACUUGACUGUAGACAAAUCCCUCGUCGUGAGAGCGGGUGCGAUUCGUUCCAAGCCGCGAUUCCCUGGGUACCCUCGCGUCUGUGCGGCGGCCGCCGCUUCUUCGCCAGGAGACAUGGUGCAUCCUCCUCGCCCUCCACCUCCGCCCAAGGACAAGAAGCAUCCCAAUCGCCGGAUGAACAGCAAGAAGGCGGUGGAACGGUCCGCGUACUUUGCGCGGAGGGAGGCGGCGCGGGUGCUGCGACAGGUGCUGCAGGGCGACGCACGCCGGCGGGCCACCGCCUCCAUCAAAUCCCUCAUUUACGGUCCCUCCGUCCGUAACAAGAAGGCUACCUUCGCCCUUGUCUGCCAAACCCUCAAGUAUCUUCCACUCGUGAAAGAUGUGUUAGCAAGAACGAAGUUACUAACCUGCAAAUGGCAGAAGCAGGAGGAAUUGAUUUUUGUAACUGCAUAUGAUGUUCUCUUUGGACAGGAUAUUGCAAUGACAGGUGAUGUUGAAAAGUUCCUUAUGCUUCAUAAAGAUGCUCUUCAGACUGCCUUGGCACAACUCUGCUUGACACAAAAAGUCAAGUAUGUUGAAGACUUACUCCUGAAAAAUCAGAAUCCAGUUAUUUCCAAACCUCGAUAUGUGCGUGUUAAUACACUAAAAAUGGAUGUUGAAUCUGCGAUACAAGAAAUAGGAAAAACGAACAAGGUAACCAAGGAUGACAUGGUUCCAGACAUGUUAGUGCUCCCAUCUGGGGUGGAUUUGCAUGACCAUCCCUUGGUUAAGAAUGGAAGUAUGUUUCUGCAAGGCAAAGCAAGUUCUAUGGUGGCUGUUGCCUUGAGUCCUAAACCAGGGUGGAAGGUUCUUGAUGGUUGUGCGGCUCCAGGAAACAAAACUAUUCACCUUGCUGCUCUCAUGAAGGGAAAGGGAAACAUUAUAGCAUGUGAACUUCAUAAAGAGAGGGUUAAAGUUUUAGAAGAUACUAUUAGACGGUCUGGUGCAACUAAUGUGGACAUAGUUCAUGGUGACUUUUUGGAUAUAGAUCCAAAGGAUCCCUUGUUUGCCAAGGUUCGUGCCAUUCUCUUGGAUCCUUCCUGCUCUGGGUCUGGAAUCUCAGCCAAGAGAUUAGAUCAUCUACUUCCAUCAUAUUCUAAAGGUCAUGAUGUUGAUACUGCUACCAGUCAGAGAGUGAAGAAGCUUGCUGCAUUUCAACGGAAAGCGCUUGCACAUGCAUUAUCAUGGAUAAUUGAUAAACCAUCUUUGCAUCCAAUGGCCCUUAGGCAGAAAUUCCUGUCGCUGCAGAGAGAACAUCAUGUUUUUUUGGGGCAUUAUGCAGUUCCAGAUGUAGAACGACUGGUGUACAGCACCUGCUCAAUCUACCAAACAGAGAAUGAGGAUGUAAUAAAGUCAGUUCUCCCUCUUGCGAGGUCUCUCAAUUUUGAAUUGGCAACCCCUUUCCCUCAGUGGCCUCGUCGCGGCCUACCAGUCUUUGAAGGCUCUGAACUUGUGCUCAGGACUGAUCCUACAGAGGAUAUGGAAGGAUUCUUUAUUGCAUUGUUUGUCAGGAAAAAGAGCACCAAUUCUUCAGGGAAAAUGAUGAAAAAGAAGAUAAGAGAAAGUUCAUCAUGUUCGACAAUGAAGAAUCAUCGGAAACGGAAACGACUGAUGACGUAUCCUUUUUGCAGGAUGUCACGAAUGUGGUCCUACCGCGCAUUGGCUAGGCAAAUACCUACUGAGAGAUAAUCGAACAUGCAAUGGACGAAAAGGAUGGUUUGGAGCAUGGUUGCUAUCAUAUCAUUGUAGUGUUAGUAUAUGAUGCCCAAUUCUUGUGGUGGUCAAUUUUUACGGAAGUGAAAAAAAAUCUUUGUUUUUUUUUUUUUACUACUUAGCUGAGUUAUAUAUAAUUUUAAAUAAUUCUUUACUGGUGUUUAUCCUGUGGGAUAUCUGGAAUAUUUUUUGGGCAAUAUGUAUUCAAGGUGCAUCACCCCAUGCAAAAAAUAUUUGAGCCCAGCUUUCAAGUUGCAUUUAUAUACAUGAAGUCUGAGAUGAUUUGAUUUA